CAAUUGGCAUACAUGACAUGACCAUAAAUAAGUAACCCCACCCCUUUACGUGCACACAAGCAAAGAUAAAAGGCCAACAAUCAUAACAACCAAAAUCCCCCUCCUCCUCCUUCAACAACAAUUCCUCUAAUCAUCGUUCAGACAAGGCCACAGCACAACCAAGCGAUGAGAGUUCCCGUUCCCUCAUCCCCACAGGCCAACCCAAAACCCACCAAUAACGUAGUCCGUACCAUUGCCCUUCCCAACCUCAACACCACCACCACCACCACCACCACGAGCUUGUGCUACGAGCCCACUUCUGUCCUCGACCUGUGCCGGAGCCCGAGCCCGAGCCCGGGCACCGAAAAGCCCACCAACGAUCACGCCGUUCUCGACCUGGACGACCAUGCGUUGCACAACUUGGACUGGGACUCCAUCAUGAAGGACUUGGGCUUACACGACGACUCCGCCACCCCCGUAUUGAAAACUUUUCUCCACCCCGACGACGACAACAACAACCCAUCAUGCGACGACUUCACACCCUUCGACCACGCGCUUGAAUUCACCUCUCUCUCCGACAUCUACUCCAACCAAAACCUCGCCUUCGAUUUCAACCACUUGCCUCACGACUUCAACCACCACCUCAAUGGCUUCGAUUUCAUCGAAGAGCUCAUCCGCGCCGCCGACUGCUUCGACACCAAACAGUUACACGUGGCGCAGGUGAUAUUGGAGCGGCUCAAUCAAAGGCUACGAUCUCCUGUGGGAAAACCCCUCCAGCGCGCAGCGUUUUACUUCAAAGAAGCUCUCCAGAGUCUUCUCUCCGGUUCGAACCGGACCCCGAGGAUUUCGUCCCUGGUGGAAAUCGUGCACAGUAUCAGAACCUUCAAGGCCUUUUCGGGAAUUUCGCCGAUCCCAAUGUUCUCUAUCUUCACCACCAAUCAAAUAGUUCUGGAUCACGCUGCGUGCUCCUUCAUGCACGUCAUCGACUUCGAUAUAGGUCUUGGGAUCCAAUACGCUUCUCUCAUGAAGGAGAUUGCGGAGAAGGCGGCGGAGUCGCCGGUGCUCCGAAUCACUGCCGUCGUUCCGGAAGAAUACGCCGUCGAGAGCACGCUCGUCCACGACAACCUCGCGCAGUUCGCUCUCGAACUCAGGAUCCGAGUGCAGGUCGAGUUCGUGGCGCUUCGAACCUUCGAGAAUCUCUCCUUCAAGUCCGUGAAGUUCGUCGACGGCGAGAAUACCACCGUGCUCUUGUCGCCGGCGAUUUUUGGCCACCUCGGCAACGCCGCCGCGUUCCUGGCGGACGUGCGGAGGAUCUCGCCGAGCAUGGUGGUUUUCGUGGACGGUGAGGGAUGGGCGGAGACUGCCACGGCAUCGGCGGCGUCGUUCCGGCGUGGCGUUGUGAGCAGUUUGGAGUACUACUCGAUGAUGCUGGAGUCGCUUGACGCGUCGACGGUGGGAGGAGGAGGGGAGUGGGUGAGGAGAAUCGAGAUGAUGCAACUGGGGCCGAAGAUUUUGGCGGCGGUGGAAAGCGCCUGGCGGAAGUUGCCGCCGUGGAGGGAGGCGUUUUAUGGCGCCGGAAUGAGGCCGGUGCAGUUAAGCCAGUUUGCGGAUUUUCAAGCGGAGUGCUUGUUAGCGAAGUCACAAAUCAGAGGCUUCCACGUGGCAAGACGUCAGAACGAACUGGUGCUUUUCUGGCAUGAUAGGGCCAUGGUUGCCACGUCAGCAUGGCGCUGUUAGAAGACGGAGUGUUAUUAUUGGGAGAGGGGAUUAUGUAAUAAUAAACUACUAAUUAGUACUGUAAUAAUGAUAUGGUAGUAAUAUUUAGGUUCCAAUUUCCGAGUCCAUGGUACUGGUUCAAAUUAUUGUUACAAUGGAAAAUCUAGGUAUCUUACGCAAAAGGAAAAAAGUGGGGAGGGGUGGCGGUAGAUAAGAUAAACUUGUAUUUAUUCUGGACCAUUUUGCUGUCUUUCUUUGUUGGACUCUUGUUAUCCUGAUGAACUUUACUACUCAAAGGGUUGGACAGAUUAAAUGCUUCUUCGUCUUA